CGUACACGUCAUGCCCGUCGGCAUUGGGAUAUACAUACAUACAUACAUACAUAUAUCUUCCUUGUCUGCCUGGCCGGCCUGGUGGCUGCCUCCCCGAUGCCCCAGUCGCAGAACCGCCACCCGGAGUACGACGCCGAGAUCCUGGUGGACGAGCGCGAGGACCGCGGCGACGGCAACUUCAGGUACCGCUUCGAGACCAGCAACGGUAUCAGGACUGAGAAGGUUGGCACUCCAGGCUCUCAGGGUCAGAGCAACAUGCAGGGAGCCUUCAGCUUCCCCUUCCCCGAAGGAGGAGUCGCUGAAUUCACUUACGUCGCUGAUGAGUUCGGUUACCAGCCUUCCUCCGACCUCCUGCCCGUCCCCCCUCCUCUCCCCCCUCACGUCUACAGACUCCUCGAGAUCGCCGAGCAACAAAGGGCCCAGGGAAUUACUUUUGAGAAGUAAUACUUACUUGCCCCUUGCCUGCACUAACAUCGCUAGCCAGGAUAUAUACAUAGUGUACAUAACAUUUGUCUCCGGAUAUUUGAGGACUGGAUAUGCAGUCUGACUAGUAAAUGAUAUGCAAGAA